AAAAACAAUAACAGCCCCACAAAUACACACUCAUAAAAAUCAAUGUCAAAAGAACCUUAACUUAGCCUGUCUACUUAAGGUCACCAUCCCAAGUCUGAGGAACAGGAAGUGACCUUGAUUUAUGGAGACCUCAUUCAGCCAACGUUGGGGUCUCCCCCUAACCCUCUAGCACUCUGGGGUGCUGAGCAUGGCUGGAGUGACCAAGCCUAGAUGCAGCUCUGCCCCACAGGCUCCCAGGGACCCAGCCAUCACACUGCCCAUUGUGUCAUCACAGCCCAGAGCAGUGGCCCCGGCCCUGCCUGUGGUCACUGCUGAGGAAGAGCCUGGACAGGAGAAAGGCCUGUGGAGGUGUGGGGCCACAGGCAGUUCUAGCCAGGGCCAACCAGAGGGGCCGCUGCCCUGCCAUGCCCCGAGGCCAUGUGAGCUUCAGUGUAGAGCCCUAUGAGGGGAGCCCCGAGGGACCCUGACCUCAGGAAGGAACCCACAAAGAGACCUGUGCAGGACUUGAGCCUGUGGGCGAACUGAUUCCGGGGAGAGUCCUGUUUGAGACUGGAAACCAUGAGGGGAGCUGGAGAGGGACCUCCGAGGGUGUUCACAGACCAAGGCCCUGUGACAGGACCCAGGAGGCAGACCCAGCCUGCAGAUGGCCCUAAGAGGAACUGCCUGAUGGCAGCCAGACCUCUGAAGAAGACUGUGGAGGGUUGUGGGAGGGAGCUCAGCCCAAGACCACUGAGGGGGUGUGUGAGGCAGAGCCUGAGGGGGCUUGCGAGGACCCCUGGGAAGACACUCUCAGAAGGAGCCCUAGGGGCUCCCAGGACUUGGAAGAGACACCUCCAGGUCCCUGCGAGAAGGCAGAUGAGGGGUGAGGUGCGGGAGACCCGGCGGAGGCAUGAGAGGCGCUUGGUGGAGGUGGACAGCAGCCGGCAGCAGGAGUACGACUUCAAGAUGGCGCAGGCCCUGGAGGAGCUGCGCAGCCAGCAUGAUGAGCAAGUGCGGUUGUAUCGGCUAGAGCUGGAGCAGACCUACCAGGCCAAGCUGGACAAUGCCAAGCUGAGCUCGGACCAGAAUGACAAGGCGGCCAGUGCCGCCCGUGAGGAGCUCAAGGAAGCCCGCAUGCGCAUGGAAUCCCUCAGCUACCAGCUCUCAGGCCUCCAAAAGAAGGCCAGCGCUGCAGAGGACAGGAUCCGCGAGCUGGAGGAGGCCAUGGCUGGGGAGCGCGACAAGUUCCGCAAGAUGCUGGAUGCCAAGGAGCAGGAGAUGACAGAGGUGCGCAACGCCAUGCAGCAGCAGCUGGCUGAGUACCAGGAGCUGCUGGACAUCAAGCUGGCCCUGGACAUGGAGAUCAGCGCCUACCGCAAACUACUGGAGGGCGAGGAGGAGAGACUGAAGCUGUCCCCUAGCCCGUCUUCCCGGGUCACCAUCUCUCAGGCCACCUCAAGCAGCAGCAGCAGCGGGGUUGGCAUGUCCGUGGGGCGGGGCCGGGGCAAGCGCCGACGACUGGAAACUGAGGACACCCAGGGUUCACGCAGCAGUGCCUCAGGCUCAGGCAUAGGCGUGGGCAGUGGCUCCCUCCUGGCACAGCAGGCCGCAGUCACAGGUGUUGUGAGCAUUGACGAGGUGGACCUGGAGGGCAGGUUCGUGCGACUCAAGAACUCCUCGGACAAAGACCAGUCUUUAGGGAACUGGAGGAUCAAGAGACAGGUCCUGGAGGGUGAGGACAUCACCUACAAGUUCACACCCAAGUACGUCUUGCGGGCCGGCCAGACAGUCACGGUGUGGGCAGCUGGCUCAGGGGUCACCCACAGUCCCCCAUCAACCCUUGUGUGGAAAAGCCAGAGCAGCUGGGGCUCUGGGGAGAGCUUCCGCACUGUGCUGGUCAACGCAGAUGGAGAGGAGGUGGCUGUGCAGGCCGUGAAGCAGGCAUCUGUUCCGGUGAGCGAGAACGGGGAGGAGGAGGAGGAAGAGGAGGCGGAAUUCGGUGAGGAGGACCUUUUCCACCAGCAGGGGGACCCGAGGACUACCUCAAGGGGUUGCCGGCUGAUGUGAGACCUGCCCCACGGUCACCAAGGUCCCCACAAAAGUCCCUGAAAUUAUUUUUUAUAGUCAGCUCUCAUAGUCCUUGGUCCAUUUCUAGAUGACUGUUGAGCGGCCAUGAGAAUGUGGGGGGCUCUCCCUGCAGGCUUCACCCCUCCUGUGUCACCUGGUUGAUAUAGAGGCCUGGGUCAGAAGCCUGCAGGCUGAGGGCCUUUGGCCUGUGGCCGAUGCAGGAGGGUCAGGAGCAUGGCUGCCUGUUGAGGGUGGACCUUGUGAUGCUGCAGUGAUUCACUAGUUGAGUUUUCUUUGAAGCUUUUUAAAUCAAAUCAAAUCAAGUUGCAGAGGGCUGUGGUGAUCACUAGCAGCCUAUCAGGACGCGGUAGCUCUUCAGACACAGGGCAGUCCCUCUACUUCUGGGGUUGGUCAGAGGGGCUCCAGCUCUGCCCUGAGCCAGCCUCAGGGCAUCGGGUCCCUUCUAAAGGUGAGGACCAAGAAGGAGGAAAUCCACACAGGAUUGCCACUCCAGUAGACCAAAGGGGACAGAUGAUGGAUGCCCCAGCCAGUGUCUACUCACAGGAGUGUGGCCAAACCAGCUGUGUUCAUAGUCCCCUGUGUACACACACUGCAUGGCCCCUCUGUGCCCCCCACCCUGCGGGCUUGGCCUGGACGCUCGCUGUGGUAGAACAUAGUUCCACAAGCUCCUGGUGCCACCUGUCACCUUCACCUCCCCAUCACAGACACACGGUAUUUUUUUAACGGAUAUUUAUUUUUUUACAUUAGUAAUGCAGCUCACUGGGACGUUGCUCUGGGGGUUUUCAGGCCCAAGGCUGCCAGGAAUGGAGAUCACUGACAUUCAGCUUCCUUGACUGAGCCGGGAAUGUGUGUGGGGGGGGUGCUGUCUGUCUGCGGGCACAGCAGGUGGUAGUAGUAGUUCAGGCCCAGACUCCCCAAGGCAAGAUCUCUAGGCCAUGGGAUGCCACUACUGCCCCCGACCCCUCAGAAGAUAGCUCCGUUUUCUUUGUGACAAGUGUGGGAUCCUGGACUGUGUGUCUAGUUGGUUUCAGGAGUGUGGGCAGGCUGCAGUCUCUACGCAGCUGCACCUGCCCAGGUGCCCUCUGCUACACCCAGCUGGAGCUGUCUUCCAUCUGUUUGCGAGGUGGGCUGGAGUAACCCUCAACCCCACAGGGGUCCUGUUUUGGUGCCAGCAGGCGAGGCGGUUACAGGGGUGGCACUGCGGCUGGGGAGCAGCCUGCACUACGCACAUCGCUCAGCUUUACAGGUUCUAUUUCUUUUCUAAGAUGCAUGCCAAACAUGUGUUUCGCCUUUUUCUUCCCCCUCCUAUCAUUUGUAAUAUCCAUUUUACGACUGGAAACUUUUGUACACUCAAAUAAAAAUUUUGAUUUUAACCACA